CAGGAAAAAGCGUAGAGUUCGUGAGCAUUGACUGGCUGAGGCAAGAAGCGUUCUGGACGCUGAUUGGUUCCGUCGUUCGCGGGAAGGAGUUUGUGGCACCAGCGGGAAGUGGAUUUAACACUGCGGCCGCAGCAGGGGUCUGAGGAGUUAGACGAACUCACCAGACAGGCGUCUUCGGGACAUCUUUCCUGAGGGAGUCGGGACCAAGAUGUGGUUUAGUGGAUCUGAAAGCUACAGCAGCUCCUCCUUUGGCGGAGCGGGCGGCUGCACGCAGUCGCCCGGGGGCUUUGGAUCGCCGACACCUUCGCAGGUUGAAAAGAAAUCAAGGGUCCGAGCCCAGCACAUUGUACCCUGUACCAUAUCUCAGCUGCUUUCUGCCACUCUGGUUGAUGAAAUGUUCAAAAUUGGGAAUGUUGAGAUUUCACAGGUCACUAUUGUGGGUAUAAUCAGACAUGCAGAAAAGGCCCCAACCAACAUUGUGUACAAAAUAGAUGACAUGACAGCUGCACCCAUGGAUGUUCGCCAGUGGGUUGACACAGAUGAUGCCAGCAGUGAAAACAUAGUGGUUCCUCCAGAGACAUAUGUGAAAGUAGCUGGCCAUCUGAGAUCUUUUCAGAACAAAAAAAGCCUUGUAGCCUUUAAGAUCAUGCCUCUGGAGGAUAUGAAUGAGUUCACCACACAUAUUCUGGAAGUUGUCAAUGCACACAUGAUCCUGAGCAAAUCUAACAGCCAGCCCCCAGCAGGGAGAGCACCUAUCAGCAAUCCAGGAAUGGGUGAAACAGGGAACUUUGGUGGGAAUAGCUCCAUGCCAGCAAAUGGCCUCACUGUGGCCCAAAACCAGGUGUUGAAUUUGAUUAAGGCUUGUCCAAGACCUGAAGGAUUAAACUUUCAUGAUCUCAAGAACCAGCUCCAACACAUGACUGUAGCCUCAAUAAAGCAAGCUGUGGAUUUUCUUAGCAACGAGGGACACAUCUAUUCCACUGUGGACGAUGAUCAUUUUAAAUCCACAGAUGCAGACUAACUGGAUCUAAUUGAGUACCCAAGGCAUUUUCCAGCUGGAUCUGUUUUCAUAAACUGUUGUCUCCAGCUAUGCAUCUGUUUGGCCAAUUGAUUUCUAGGAUUUCAUCUAGGAAGGGUCUCAUUUAACAUCCUUUUGAAACUUACUGCUCUUUGGUUUUUUGUUGUUAUUUUUGUGUUUUGAAGCUCAAUUUUGGGCACUUGACAAGCAUAUAAACCUCUGGGUGGACUUUCUUAAUGAAGUUACAAAUCGGGGCGCCUGGGUGGCUUAGUCAGUUAAGCAUCUGCCUUUGGCUCAGGUCAUGAUCCCGGGGUCUUGGGAUCAAGCCCCAAGUCAGGCUUCCUGCUCAGCGGGGAGCCUGCUUCUCCCUCUGCCCCUCCCCCUGCUUGUGCUCUCAUGCGCGCGCUCUCUCUCUCUCCCCCCCCCAUCAGAUAAAUAAACUCUUUAAAAAAAAAAAGUUACAAAUUAGCUGUUUACAACAUUAGGACAGAGGGAAGUGGGAGAACUCUGCUACUGAGGGAGUUGGGCGGUUAUUACUUAAAGAAUAGUCAGGAACUUCUGUUCCUAUCAUGUUCCCUGUGGAGAGAAGAUGAGCAGGACUAGGGCCUUCAGCAGGGAGCUAGCCAAGAAACCCACUAACCUCUGCCUGGUUUUGUUCCCCCCUUCAGUUGGUUAUAUGGUGUUAUCUUCAGAAUUGCACUUUCCUUCACCUUGUCAUGACUGCUGCCGAAAGUGUGUUUUUAUGAAGUUCUAGAGUGGUGGCCUCAUGAGGGCAGAGGGGAGAAAGAUGUUCUUUCGAUUUCAUACUAAAAAGUACAUCCCUAUGUUUAAUAAAAGCUCUAUUGUAGAA